CUUCAUGUGCGCAAUUUUUUUGUGCAAUUUUAUUUUUUUUUAAUCUUGUCGCAAUUCUCGUAGUGUGUGAUAACUAAGACAAUGUGAAACACAAAAGAACGCAGAACUCGUUCAGCCGAUGUCUCAACUAGCAUAAGAUAAAGUGCAAUACAUACGUAUAGAAUUAUUUCUCUUUUAAUGUAAGGACAACGGUUUCGUUAUAAAUAAACACAAACUCUAUUUUUAUAAACACCACAAUAGACACUGAUUUGAAUGAGAUGCAUUACCAUUACAAGGACAUAUUGUCCGUGUUUUUGGACGCCUUCAUCGAGGACUUUGACUGCAAGGAUGUGGAGGACUCGCUGCGCUCAAUACUAAGCAAACGGGAAAUCGACUUCAUCCUCGCAUCGAAUCAAACGAAUGUCGGCAUCUACCUUUUAUUUUGGAAGCUGCUCGAGAAGCCCGAGAUCAUCGUUCAGAGGUUCGUCGAGGAGGUUCUCAACAAUCGCGAUGGGGCCAACUAUGAAUUCCUGAUGACGCCCAUCAAGGCCGAGUAUCUGCAGCCGAGCCCCAACACCAUGCUGUACGUAGAGCAGCGGGAUCGCCUGUUCAAUGACAACCAGGUCUUUUCCAAGUACAAUGUGCCGCGCCUGAAACCGUAUCUGGACUUGACCAAGGCUCUGUUGGAGCUGAGGCCAGCCAAGAAUGUCCUCGUCGAUGGCCCACUGGGCUCCGGCAAGCAGUGGCUUGUGCUCGACGUAUGCUGCUCGUACAAGGUGCAGCAGAAGAUGGACUUUAAGAUAUUCUGGCUGAACGUUAAGAACUGCAACAGCCCCGAGGCAGAUCUCGAAAUGCUACUCACACUACUCCACCAGAUCGAGCCGAAUUGGAGCGGCCGAUGUGACUCUGGCACCUGGAACAUCAUGCAACGCAUUGACAGCGUGAAAGUCGAACUGCGGCGCCUGCUCAAGAGCAAACCAUACGAAAACUGUCUGCUGGUGCUGCGCAAUGUGCAGAGCGUUCGUACCUGGAAGGCGUUCAAUGUCGGCUGCAAGAUACUCCUGACCACACGCUACAAAUGCGUCACCGAUUACCUGUCCGCGGCGACCACCAAGCAUGUGCCGCUAAAGGAUGCCCUCACGGAGCACGAGGCCGAGUCGUUAAUUGUCAAGUAUCUCCACUGCAGGCCAGAGGAUCUGCCCCGGGAAUUGGCGACGACAAAUCCACGCAACCUGAGCAUUAUGGCGGAGAGCAUACGCGACGGCCUGGCCACGUGGGAUAAUUGGAAAGAUGUGAACUGCAAUAAACUGACGAGCAUUAUCGAGAGCUCACUGAAGGUACUGGAGCCGUUUAUAAAUAGGAAUAUGUUCGAUAACCUCUUCAUUUUCCCUGCAUCGGCCCGCAUACCCAUCCAUCUCCUAUCUCUGGUUUGGUCGGACGAUAAAUCAGAUAGCGACGAUCCGAUGGUGGUGGUGAAUAAGUUGCACAGAUACUCCUUGGUGGAGAAGCAGACCCAUGACUCGACCAUAAGUAUACCCGCGAUAUACUCGGAGUUGAAACUUGAGGUGGAUAACGCUGCUGCACUCCACCAACGAAUCGUUGAUCAUUACAACAUCACAAAGGCAUUCGACGAUGAUGACGAUCUGACGGUGCCCUACCUGGAUAGCUAUUUCUAUUGCCAUAUUGGCCAUCAUCUGACCCAAUUGAAGCACGCCGAGAGCGUGGCUCUGUUCCGCAAGAUAUUUCUUGACUUUCGAUUUCUUGAGCAAAAGAUACGACACGAUACGACAGCAUGGAAUGCCAGUGGCUCGAUACUGAACACUUUGCAACAAUUGAAAUUCUACAGAUCCUUCAUAGUCGACAAUGAUCCCAAGUUUGGGCGCCUGGUGAAUGCUCUACUGGAUUUCUUGCCAAAGAUUGAGGAGAAUCUCAUACGCUCCAAGUUUACGCGCCUGCUGCGCAUUGCUCUGAUGGACGAGGAGGAGGCCAUUUACGCGGAGGCCUACCGACAGGUGCAGCGUUUCGGCGAUCAAGUUUGGUUCACAGAGCAUGGUCGCUUUCAUCAGCAUCGGCAGAUCAUCAACCUGGGGGAGAAUGAGGUUCAACACGCGCUAUACCUGAACAAUGACUUCUGCCUGAUGGCUCUGGCCAGCAAUCAAAUGCUGCUGACCGACGUUUCACUGGAGGCGGAGGACACGUAUCUGCUGAAGGAUGACAACGACAGCAGCAACAUCCUGAAAAUGGCCGUGUUCAAUCAACAGAAGCACCUGCUCACGCACCACAGCAAUGGCAGUGUGAAGCUCUGGUCGCUGUGGGCCGAGUGCUUUGGCCGGCGACACAGCAGCGGAAGUCGCCAGCGUGUACGGCCGCCACACCUUGCCCAUUUGCGGAAGUAUGCGGCGACGCGUUCGUACAAGCAGCUGGUGAAUGGCGUUGCCAAGCGCGCCAUGAACAGCUACCAGAGCAUUGACCAGAACAUUGUGGCGUUCCACCUGAACGAGGAGGCAACAGUGGGCGACGCAAAGAUUCAGCUGCAUGUGGUCUUCAGCAACGGCGACGUCUGCAUCUGUGAGUGGGAUGACAGGGACCACGUGUUCAAGUCCUCCAAUACGCCCACCCUCAAGACGAAUCAGCUUCAAGUGCGCUGCUUCGUUCAGGUGCUGAACCGCUACUAUGUCAUGUGCACCGCCGACUGCACGCUCACCGUUUGGGAUCUGCAAAACGGAUCGGGGGACAAGCCAGAGCUCAGUGGCUACGAUGUCCACAACGACCCACCGCUGGCGAUUGAAGCCUACACCGAACGCAGACAGCACUCGACGCUGCUGCUAAUUCACAGGUACAGCGUGUGGCGGCUGACAUUUGAGCCUGGCGACUAUCAGCAGCCUCUGGUGCGGCUCCAGUCGGAGCCUGUGCAGCUGCCGGACAGGAGUUACAUUAACUGCGCCAAGGGAUCAGCAGAUGGCCGCUAUCUGAUCCUGGGCACAUCGGCGGGCCUCAUUGUGUACGACAUCAAGAUGUCCGAUCCGGUGCUGCGCAGCAAUGUUAGCGAGCACAUCGAGUGCGUGGACAUUUAUGAGCUGUACGAUCCCAUUUACAAGUACAUUGUACUUUGUGGGGCCAAGGGCAAACGGCUGCUGCACGUCCACACUCUGCGCAGCAUGGAUUCGGGUAUUACGUGGGUCCACAACGUGGACGAGACAAGGGGCAUGACACGGGCUUGCCUCGAGCCCAAUGUCUAUCUGCGCUCGCUGCUGGACAUGACCAGCAGGCGGUCUCAACUGCUGGCCGUGGACUCCAAGGAGCGUAUCCAUCAGAUUGAGACCACUGCAGAUCCAAGUGCACGCCGAAGGUCCAGUAUUUCGUCCUGGUCAACGAUCACACCCACGCAUGCGGCCAGCAAAACGCGCAUUACCGCAAUAUCCGCCCACGACGAUGAUCACAUAUUUGUCGGUUACAUGGACGGGGUGAUCAUCGAUGUGAACCGGGAUGCGGUGCUGCCCCAACAGUUUAUUACGGAUCGCAUUGACUACCUCAAGCAGAUCAACUCCCAGCUGCUGGUGGCAUCGGCACACGGUCCAUGCAAAACUGUGAUAUUCCAGCUACAGCCAGAGAGGCCAGUGGCUGGCAACGGCUCGCCAGUGGAUUGGCCGCUCUACUUGGAGCUGGACACCAAGUAUUCCUGUCUUCUGGGUGGAAAGUUUCUGCUCUUGUUCUCCCAGCACGGUGUAUUUCAAUUGGACUUAUCCAAUCCGAUGGCACGCAUCGCACUGGAGGAGUCUGACGAAAAACUUGUUGGCUUCGACCUGAAGAACGGUCUCCUCUUUCUGGCCUUCGGGAACAACACCAUUGAGGUUUCCCGAUUCAGCUUCACCGACACGGCACUUAGGAACGAUAUCAUCUGCAGCAAACGGAUCACAGAGGAGGCAAAAAUUAGUUAUCUGAUUGCCACAGAUGACGCUAGUCUGUUUGCGCUGGGCUUCGAGAGUGCCAUGAUCGAGCUUUACUCCCUGGCAGGAUCUGCCAUUCAGCUGGUCUACAGCAUAAAGGGAGUGCACGAGCAUUGCAUCAGACAGCUACGCUUCUCGCCCUGCAAACUGCUGCUCGUUAGCUGUGCGGAGCAGCUGUGCUUCUGGAACGUCACCUACAUGCGGAACAACCAGGUUGAGCAGCGGGCCAUACGACGCAGCCGACGCCACAGGCAGCACAGUGUCACGCAUGAGGAUGCUGUCGAUGCGGCUCCCAUUGUUUCGGACAUGUCGGAGUUAGAGCCGCCGCCAUUUGUUGCCUAUUCGAGGCAGCCCGUUCGGGACACCCAGCCGGAGUCAGAACUGUGGCGGAACAAGCGGGGAAACGCCAUCCGGCCGGAGCUGCUGGCUUGCAUCAAGUUUGUGGGCAACGAGGCCAAACAGUUCUUCACCGACGCCAAGUUCUCGCAGUUCUAUGCGAUAGACGACGAGGGCGUCUACUACCACUUGCAACUUCUGCAGGCAAAGCACCCGCCGAGUGGUUCCACGUCGGACCUGGAGAUAGCUGAACGGCUCGCAAGCGAGAUGCAGUAUGCGAAUCUGGCGGACAUUCGAAUAAUUGACCCCACAUUGACAAUUGGUGAUGGCAUUGAUGACCCCGGAGCUGAUGUCGUCGGAGAUUUCCAGCCGGAGCCUAGCACAACGGGCCUGGCCGAUACGCCGCUGGCUGUCGACGAGUGCAGCUCAUGACGCCAGUCGUGCGCCGCUUUCCGGCGCACGGAUGAGGGCAAUGGACACUUCCAUUAUGCAUUUAUAGCAUUAAUUCUCUCUUACUUAUUUGCAAUGGUAUUUUACUGCCUCAACAAUGACGAUGUGUCAUAGUGUUUACAUGUACAUACAUACAUACAUACACAAAAAUGUAUUGCUAGGGCACUGGGAAAGGGCUUCUAGUUUGCACGCAAUAUCUCAGGAGGACAAUGCCCUACUAUUGUUUGGCAAACGACCCGCGCCCCAAUGUCUGCGUCACAAAAAAAAUACACAGUUUACGAUAC